AUGGCGUCCUCGAAUGCACGAAAUAGCACAGAGAAAGAGCGAAUAAGUCGGAAAAGAAAACGAAACAGUGGUAUUCCAGGUUUUGCACCAACUUCAUCGUCAACACCUGCGGUAAACUCUCAAGCUCCGAGAUCAAUUAACGUAGAACAAUUCGCUGAAGCUCGCGCAUUGGAAAUCAAGAACAUGGUAGCAGCCAUCACAGAAGCUGACAAAUCUAAAGGGAAGCGUGUGUUUCAAACCCUACCAAACCACAUGAGGAGGAGAGCGAUGAGCCACAACGUCAAAAGAGUGCCUGUUCGUCUCCGGCAACGUGCUUUGUAUGAGGUAAGAACGAAAGGGCAAUGUCGCCUUAUAUUUAGCAUUGAGCUUUAGAAAUGCUGGUGUUUGUGCACGUGGUGUUCAAAACAAGGAAGUCUGCAAUGCUGCAUGGGCUUUUUUUUUGUUUUGUUUUGUUUUUUCUUCAGGAAUUACCCGACCAUUAAUCUCGAUGAAAGGUUGUGUUUGAAUUUUAUGACUAAAAUAUUGUGUGGUCGUGAAUGCAGCCUCAAAUGUAAGGCAUAAGAUUCAGCUUCUCUAGGAUUCAGUGGAAAUCUUUGCAGGCACGUUUCCAUUUAUUUUUUACCAAUAUCCAUGAGUGUGUCCUGAGCAGGGGCUACAUGGGGUUAAACAUUUAAAAUUGAGGCUGUAUACACCAGGGUUAGGGUUCCAGGAGUGGUCAACUGGACAUAGAGCUGCGUUAAAGGAAGGGGGAUACAUCAGGGAAUAAUUACCAAAUAAGGGAGAGGGUAGGAAUGAUUGAAAGGGUGGAGUGGGAUAGUACAGGAAAUAUGAGCCCAUGAGGAAAGAGCUAGGAAUGAGAGGGAAAGGAAGUGAAAGGGUGUGUAGGAGAUGGUAGUGAGAAACAUAGGAGGGAAGACAGGGGGCUAAGGUGAGGAAGGCAUAAGAGGAAGGUAUGGGAAUUAGUGGGUUUUACUCCUUCCUUCCUUUAUGGGGAGGAGAUACAGCAAAAAGGAGAAGGAAGGAGUGCAGAAUAUCCAAACAACCUAUGGAGAAAGAUGAAAAAUUAGUUAAAAGACUUCUACAAGUUACCUAUUAUUUCCAUUGAUCAACAAAUGAAUUAUUUCAUUCUUUUUUGUAUUUUCGGAAAUUAAAUACCCACAGCAAAUUGGGAUCCUCAGGAGGACCAAAUUACUAGUCUUUAAAUAUGUAUAUUUAGAAGAAACUGAUAAUCACCUUGAUCCCUAGAUGCAUAACUCAAGCAGUAAACCUGAGGGGCAAAAGAAAAAGAGUAGGUAUCAUCGCCGUCGGCCCAAAAACCUGCUUGAAGAAUACACUCGUCGGCAGCGUAAGCAUGUCUGGCUUGAAACACACAUCUGGCAUGCAAAGCGGAUGAAAAUGAUUGAUACUUGGGGUUACAGGCUUGCUGAUCAUCCCAAUGAUAAAGGCUACAGAGCAAGUUAUAGAGCCACUAAGAACAACUGCAUCUUACAGGUAAACACAUGUUUGGAUGAAUGAAGUCUUGACCCUUUCAACUCUAUUUCAACCAUAUGAGUAUGUUUUAGAACAAAAGGUAAUAACAAAGAAGUAAAAUAUCAACAAUGGGGCUAUUGUUUAAAAUAAGACUAAAUUGUCAGAACUAAAAUUAGACCUAGUAUAAAAUGGAGUAUUGAUAUUUUAGGAUCUUGGAAGUUAAAGAGUCAAACAUUAAUUUUUUAGUCUCCAUAAGCAUGGUGGCAUACAUGUCAGAAUUUACCACAGCUUCAGUACAGUUAUCAGACUUGAAACAGUUUAAUUUCCUUAGGAAGGAUUAGCAGUUCAUUGUAGGUUUUAAACUCAUGACUGGAAUGUUUUUCCUUCACCACCUUAAAAAUACAAACAAAUUAAAAAAAAAGACAUAACUGUGUCAGCUAAGUAAGCCAGUGCAUGUUUGGUUUACAAUAAAUAUAUAAAGUGUACAUUUCCUUCAUGUGUUUGGUAGGAUUUGUCUUAUUAUGGAUGCAUUGAAGUAGUUGGUGUCCAGCACCAGAUUAUCAAGGCAAUGAAUCACUUGACAAGUCAAGAAGCAGGUUUGUAUAUUGAAUACAUUUAGAAUGUUUCUGAGCAGGUAUAGUAAAAUAGAUACAAAAAACCAGCAGAAAAAUAAAUUAGCUAUUUGCCAGUCAUGGUUGGUCUACAGAUCUUAGGAGUGUAAUGGUUGGUAGGUGUCUAUCUCAACAGGAGUUGAGUGAAAGUGUAUGGUGUCUUGUGAGGUAUAAACCAGUGUAUUGAUUUAAUUGUUUUUCUCCAUGAAACAACUGACAAUAAUUAUGGUAUCAAUGAAAAACAAGAAAAAAAUUGCUCUUAAUUGUAAAUUCAAUCUUCCUUUCUCCAGGUCUGACCUUUGCUGCCAAAUAUUACUUGACAGGCAAGCGUGAAGGUCAUCUGAUGUUGUACAAACUGGACCAGUUCCCUCAAGGAGCAAUUUGUCCUGUAUCUUUUCUUUGGAGGCAAAUGAAAACAACAGACACCACAACAAUCACUGAGAAUAUGCAACACAGAGAAAAUGAUGAACUGAUCAAGGAAAUUGUUGAUAGUGAUAAUGUAACAAACAACCACAGCAUGGAGGCAAGUGAUGAAAUGCCCAUGAAAGAAGAUACGAGUCAGUUGUGGGUCUGGUGUCAUCCUGCGAGUUUCAGCUCAGUUUUUGAGGCAAUAAGUGAAGCUUGUAAGUCUGUUGGAAGAACUUCAGUUGAAAAAGGAAGAUGUUUUCCUGAUAAAGAUGACAAUCCUGAUCAAGAAACUCAAAGCUGUAAUUUUGUGAAUGGUUUUGAGCACCCAAAGUUAAGGGUUAUUUCUCGUCAAUAUGAUUUACUACGGUUACGUCUCACAGGACCAGAAUCACAUGCUCUGCUGACAAACACUCUAAAGUUAUCUUCUGGAACAUCUCAAAAACAUUGUGAAAAUAAAAGCAACAAGAAUUCACAAAAUAAUACAACAUUUAUCAAAGACAAAGGUGAUCAUAAGAGGACUUCAAAAUGGUGGGAGCAGAUACGAAAUAACCCAAGUGAUUCAACAGCUCAAAGUUUAUUAUGGGAGAAAUUAAGGAAGGUGUCUUCACCCUCAGUCCUUCCUUCUGGGUGUGUCAUUGGUUUGACUGUUCAUGAUCCACGCCUUUACCUUCCUGGAAAGAAAAAAAACAUCAUGCAGGCUACUGAGGAUAAUGAUUCUGGUAAUAUCUUACUGUUACAUGGUUUACACUAAAGCAUAGGAGCGUGGAAUCCAAAGGUCUGAGGUUUGAUUCCUCAUAAGGACUCAGAAUUUUUUCUUUGUCCCACGCGAAAAACAUCUUUCUUUAACCCUUUAACUCCUAGACCAUACAAUUCUUACAAUGUUUGUUCAGAGAAUUUAGUAUUGGAUCAACUAAUUAUCCUCAAAUUAAUAUUUUUCUUUAUUCUCAUCACUUGUACAAUAUCAUCUGGUUGAUAUUGUAUUGAUAUUGUAAGGAGAAAUUCUGUCCUGGUCACUCAUGGGAGUUAAAGGGUUAAAGGAUUUAGGACCUGUGAGAGGUUUUUAAUUAGUUCAAAAUGUUACAUUUGUUUUAAGUAUAUUAAUGCAUAGAAGUGAAUAGUAUGCAAAGAAAAUCAUUGUAAAUUUUUAACUAAGAUCAAAAUAAUUUAUAGCUUAAUAUUCUAAUUCAGGAACCUAUAUGCACAGAUCCCUUAAAAUUCUCUUCAAUAUGUUGCAUAUUUUCCACAGAGUUUUUAACUGGCAUUCUUCAUUCACAGAAGAUUCAGACUAUUGUGCUGAAAUAGCAUCUGCACCUAGUGAGAUGAUGAGCAAAGUAGAUAAAAGUACGAGCAAGCAGCCAUCUUUUGAAGAUCUCAUGGCCAACUGGCCAACUGAUGUUGCAGGCUCGCACAUCUGGGAGGAGGCAGUUUGUCGUGAAGUGAAAGAAACAAAAUUGUCUGAGCAGGAUUUGAACCGAAAGAGAUCUGCGCUCCUAGUUCCAGGCUCCCAGCUGGACUUGAAACCAGAUGAGAUUUCCCACAUUCCUUUGCUUCUCAUACAGCAACCAGGAAGUGCAGGUUAGGCUCUCUUUAAUACAUACAUGUAAGUUGCCUAAGAGUGACUAGUGUCUAAUUUCUCCCUAAAAUCUCACUCCUGAAUCAAAUAUGAAGGUCAGAAGAAUAAAAGAAAUAAUCACUAAGAAAAUAAACUCUUGAUUCUUAAAACAAAUUAUCUUUGUCAGUACCGUAGGAAAUGUAUAGAGAACAUUAUCAAUGGAGAAAAUGCAUCCUGAUGGUAGGAUGGAAAGGGUGAAAGCAGUUAGUUAACAGGAUUUGGCCAAUAUCAGGGACAAGGAAGUAGUUGUUGAUGUGAUCACAAAAAUAAAAUAAAAUUAGUAGAACUCUAAGAGUCAAGAAUGUCGUUAAGAAUAGAAGGCAAGGUUGGAUAGUCCACUGGUGCUGGUGACUUCCUCUGUCAAGAAAAAAGAGAUAUACAUGAUUUAUAUUAUCACAAUAAGAGCAACACUCCAAAACCCCAAACAGGAUACGGAUCGGCUUUGUUGGAAUAGGAUAGAAACGACUGCAUUUGAAUAAAUCACUGAAACGUCCAGCUCAAUUCGAACUGAGUGUUUUUUAAUGUUCCGUUUUAAUUAUUUGUGUCAACGCUGUGAUUUUUACCUUCAACUUAGAACGUUAAGGUUGAAAUAUAGGUAUAAGAACAACACGAGUACUCUAAGCUAAAAUUUUCGUAUUCUAAUGCCUUAAAUCUUUACGCAAUGUCCCAUCCAUCUUUCAGGUGACUGUAGAGAUGGUGCUGGAUACGGGAGUGGCUGGGACAUUAUCCUUCCCUGUGGAUGGGCCAUGGCAUUCUGGAUGGCAUUUGUCUACAGGGGUGCGAGAACUGGGGGCCUCCGGGAGAGUCAAACGUUAGCCCUUGAGCAAGGAGUGCCGUUCUUUCCGAAUGAUUUCCCUGACACUCCCUCAGGACAAGCGUACAAUGAAAACCUGAAAGCGGACGGCGAGGCCCAGUACGGCCGAUACCCGCCAGCGAAAAGACCUAAUUACGACAAAUUAGGUAUCAAGUCGCCCUUUUGUCCACCUUGGAAAGAACUUGUCGAGGACUGGAGUUUGUCUGAGCCUGAUUCUGGUGGUAAAGCAGUUGAAUCCACAAAGAGCGUUGAUAGAAAUAUCGAAAGUAACACCAUAAAAGUCGAGUCGUCUUCAAACGACGUCUCUUUUUGCAAGCCCUUUUACGUGUUGCGAUCUCGCUCUAAACUGGCUGCUUUGCGGAACUUUGUUUUGCGCGGCAAAACAAAACAGACCAAAGGUAAAGGCCUCAAGGAUUUUGUCACAACCACUAGAGCGCCUUUGCCGAUGAAUAAUGAUUUGUCUGCCAUCGUGAAAGAAGAUGCCAAUUCUCUGGUAUGCGUGCUUGUGCGGAUGGUCGGUCGAAACGUUCCCACACCCAACUCCACCUUAGCGAUUCCUUUUUCUGAGGAUAUUACAGGAUUCACGAAAUGUAAAGACACGUCCGGCCCCGUGGAACCUCUGCACAAAGGUGUGCUGGCUCGCACGUCUGGGAAGUCUUUGAGGAACUUAUGCAAGAGAGAAAUCGUGGGAUUUGUUUCAUCCGGACAUUUCUCCCUCGCCCGUGGAUGUGGGUUUGGGGUAGGAUUUUGUGCUCUACCGGGUCUUGUAAAAUUGAUAUCUUCUACAAGUGACAGAGGAGAAGUCAUGGUGUUAGUGAGGAGUCCGACCACUCAACAAUAUAGAUGUGCUCAUUUAACGAUUUUUUAGUCUAAAUUCAUUCGGUGUUUACGCUGGACACAGUUGUAUUUAAUAUACAACAAACUGAACCACUCAAAACCAACCUUUAGCUGAGUGCCACAGUGAUGUUUUUAACGGCAGUCUUUACAAGCCCAUCUAUUUGAUGGUACGUCGGAACAAGUUUUGUGUUUUGUCUUUAGUCUUUAAUUCCGUUUCAGUUAGGUUAAGCUCUCAUAGCUUUUGUUUAUAUCAAUGUCUUAAGCUUCGGGUAGAGUCACAAUGGAAGAAUUGAAGACCUCUAGGUUCAUGAAACAUCAAUAAAUGUUUUCGUUUUCUU